GACGUUCGUUCGGUGGGCGAAGUAGGUUUUUUUUUUGUUCAUUCGAAUUUAUAUAAUAAGUGUUUGAACGUCGGUCCUAGUACGAAGGGACAUAUUUUGUGGAAGUUUGACGGUAGUGGUGUGAUUAUUGAAAUAACUCUAAAUCUUAAUUCAUAAACGAGACCGACGGAUUUAUCGGUAUUUUGCGAAGCAGUACAUUAUGCGCUAACUUAGUGAAAUGGCUGCCAACGAACAACGUCAAGAGCAGGAUCAAAGGGAGCCAGCGCAUCAUGCAAGGCGUCCGAUGAAUGCAUUCCUAAUUUUCUGCAAACGACAUCGUGGCGCGGUGCGAAUUGGCUUUCCACAUUUAGAGAAUCGUGCGGUAACUCGUGUGCUCGGCGAAUGGUGGGCAACUCUUCAACCUGAUCAGAAACGUUCUUACACCGAUCUUGCGCAAGAGUACAAAGAUGCGUUUUUGAAUGCGAAUCCAGAUUUCAAAUGGUAUAAAUUACCUGCCCCACCGUUACGUACUUUAACAACUCGACCAACCAAUAAGAAACAAGAAUUGGACUUGAGCGAUCAGCAAGCCCAAUAUUUGAACAGCUCCGCGACAGAUUCGACAACGUUUGACAAGAGACAGGGACAAUCGAUUCAGCCUGGAAAAUUGGCAGAUGAGUCUCAAAUUGGUGGUCUCAGUUCCCUUUUUACCCCACAAAAAAUAAAAACGGAAGAAAUUUUGCCAGUAACAAACGGUACAAAUAAUAUUACAAAUGAUAACAAUGAUAGCAUACCAAAACCUCCGAAAAAACGAUGUACGGAGCCUCCACACCCAGUCAGUCAGAAAAGGGAAAUUAAGAUCAACUUGUUUGGUGAGAAAAAGAGAGAAUCGAACAACAAUAAUCAACAACUUAUCGCUGUUGACAAUGAGAAGAGUGCCAAUAAUUUGUACUACGAAGGUGCAGGAUCGCCUGAGGAAAGUACUUUUCGGGGAGAGAGAACCUGCAAGGGAUUGCGUUACCAGAAAUUUCUUGCAGAACAGUCGCGACCUAUCGGGCCACCUGGGCAACAGACUAGGCGAAGAAGAGCAGCUGAAUUUCUCAGUCUCGAAGAACAAACAAUUGAAAGGAGGAAUUCAAUUUCUUCAAAUUUCAGUGAAAAGACUGACUCCGUGAGCAGCGAGGGUGGCAGUAGUACUCGAGGUGAAUUAGAACAUCUGGUGGAAAGUGCCGAGGGAAAGCUCGAGGCUUCAAAGCCAGAAGAAACAGAGACAGAAGAAGCAGGUGGUCAAAUGCAAUAUGAAACUUGGACCCCUCGCAAAAGAUUCAAGGCUGAAGAUUUUAAUUUAGAAAAAAAAAUAGAGGCGCUGCCAUCUCUGAGUUUAGAAGAAUUCCAAGAAAAGAAAAAGCAGCAGCGUAUCAAGAAGAAAAAGAUCUUACAAAAAUCAAACCACAAUAAUUUGAGUCACGAACACAGUAACUGGUCAACCGUUAAGCAGUCGAAUGACGUAUCAGAAAGAGCGUUAUUGGUCGGGAGUCAAAAGCGAAAAGCACGAAAACAAAGCAUCACACGUAAUGCUGGAGCAAGCUGUACAGUUCAAAGCAGUGAAAACCAAGACAGUAAAGUAGAAUGGGGUACACCUCCGGACCUUGGUGCACUGGCCUGCCUUGCAGCAGUUGCUGCCGACCGAACCAAACUCACAAAAUAAUAAUGCCUCCUCCAAACUUUAUAUGAGAGUUUGAAUUAACUUAACGUAAUACAACCCCCAACACAACCAAAAUAUGUAAUUUGAUACUACACACAUACAAAUAUAUACGUACUGUGAAUAUUUCUCGAAGCGAUCUUGUCCAGCCACUCGAGGUGACAUUGUGCCUUGCAUCAACUGCUGUGAGUUGGCUCGAACCGUGAGAAUGAGUGAACUCCUUCAAGGUAUAUUUACAGUAUAUAUUUAUAUAUACAUAUACGCAUAUAAACGUUAUUAUUAUUGUUAUUAUUGAUACACUAUUAUGCCCCAUUAAAUUUAUGAAACUUAAUAUAAGAAAUUAUGUUUAUAUACACAUAGUGGUAGGUGACCGUAUAGUAUAGGUAAACAGGGAUAUUUUUUAAAUAUUUUAAUACGAGCUACAUUUAUACGAUAGUUAUUACCGCAGCAUGUACCUAACACUAUAUACCAUUAUUAUUUUUCCGUUGAUAAUCAAUUCUUACUAUUCGUUUAUGUGAUUUCUAACGAUACCAGAUUCGUAUGGAUAUUUGGUUUGAAUUUUAAAUGUGAUUCUUGUGAUUAUCUGCAGCUUCAUAUUUUCUUUCAGAUUUCUCUUUCUCACUCUUCCGAAAAUUUUUGUCCGCAUUGGUAAAAAAACAAAAAAACUGAUACGUGUUGAAAAUUUAUUUAUUGACAUAGUAAACGUUAACGAACAUUUAUGCAAUGCAUAUAUGUGCAUACCCAAUCUUGUUUUCUGUCCAUACGAUCGGUAUCUAAACGAACUAGCCGGAUGUCAUGGUGCUUUGACGUUUUCUUAAACAGUAUAGUUAAUUAGUGAAUAUAGAAUAUAGCGAGAAUAUAUAUGUAUAUAUCUAUGAAUAGAUAUCUUUUGAAAGAGUUCAAUAAGAUAUUCAAAUACACCAUACGAUAUAAAAAUUUUAUACGGAAGAUGAGAUCCAUUCUGAAAGCAGGUUUUUCAAUAUUAGGAAUUAGUCCGGUUUGUCUGAGAUUGCUGCGACCGUAACUAAAUCUAAUGGGUACUGAAUAUCUCUGACGUUUCUGUUAUGUACUGUUGACUAUAACAAUUAUGAUGAUAAUGAGAAAUAUUAUUAUUAUGUAACAGCUAUAUAAAUUAUCCUGACUGUACUCUGUAAACGUUUGGUGUACGAAUUGCAAAUAGCUGGCACACAGUAUUACGAAGUCCAUUACAGUUGGGACAGGAAAAAGAAAAACAAAUACAAAAUGAGGGGAAUAUUCUUGUUUUCGAUAGAAAAACAACACAAACAGUACCAACAAAAAAUACAAAAAAAAUAUAAUCAAAAUGUAUAAACCAACCCUACAAUACGUACGUACAUGCGUAUGUACGAAUACUUACAUAUAUUUUGUAACGAUAAGACUACUAAAACUAAUAUAUUUGAUUGUAUAUUAAUAAUAUUUAUAUCAACUAACGUACAUAGAAUUAAGAUUUUGUGGAUACCAGUUUGUUGGCACUGGUGGAGAAAGUAAGAGACUUGUCUGUGAUUUUGGCUAAAAGGAAUUUUUAAUGUUUUAUAUUUUUCUAUCAAUUAUAUCUCUUUAAUUGUGUUAAAAACAAAAAAUUAAUUUUGGAAACAAUUCUAGAUUGUUAAAAGUGUUAUGUUGAAGAAUACGUGAAAACAGUCAACCUUGGUUAAUUUUUGUGGAGCUUCAGUGGGCCUACCUCUACAGAUACCUGAUUAUACCUGCCAUGUCCCUCAUUCCCUCUUUUCCUUUUCUCACUUCUUUCCCUAUUCCUAAUCCCAAUAAAAGCCACGAAGCUGACUGUUUCUAGUAUUUUUCAAUCAACGUUUGACGCUAUCAACUGUUAAUAAUUUUUUGUUGGAUGAUUAUCAGGAGAUAUGUAUUAUUCUAUUUGAAACGUGCCUUGAAAAGAUAAAAAAUGUACCGAUUUACAAACAAUGACCAACAUGAUUUAAUUUGAUUGGAAAAAAUUUUUUUCUCAAAGCUUAUAUCUCUCGGUCUUUCUAUUUCAAUCUACAUACUAUAUAAAAAACGCUAUUACGAUCUGCCGAAUUAUUCAAACAUUAUGGAAAGCGGGUAUUUGGAUUAAAAUGUUUAGUCGCAAGGGAGAAGGAGAUAAAGAUGAGGUAUUUUGAAAUUGAAAUUUUUCGAAUUUUACAGCACAAAAUCUGUGUAACUAGCUUUAAAAUAUGUAAUUUACACAAGCAUAUAUAUAUAUAUUGUAUACUUG